UCUCUUUGUGUGUAUGCAAGGGGUGUUAGUGGGAGAGGGAGACGGCGUCGUCGCACGGACCCCACACCGCAGAACCGAAUCUUACUGCUUUUGAGUUCAUUAAGGCGAACGGAAAUAACACAAGCUGCGUUAACUGUCGCCGCACGAGGAGACAAUAAAGCGUGGAACCUGUGUGCACUUUUAAAGCGUUUCACAUUUUCAUUCUGUUUCAAACCUCCACAGAGUCUAGUUGUAAGCCACAAGCCUGGGUGAGAGGCGUGAAGGAGCCGCGUAUUUAGUCUAACCAGACGGUGCAUAUACACCAUGUCUGGAAGUGAAGAUGAUCGAGAUGAUUUUGGACCGACAGAAGACCGGUCAGUGUUACAAGAUGAAGACUUGGAGGAAGACUUGUCAGAGAAUGAAGCACGUAAGGUGAAAAAGAAGAAGAAGGCAAAGAAAAGUCGUGAAAGCAAAGGUGGCAAAAGGCAGCGCUCCCGUAGGGAGGAUAUCCCAAUGAGUUCCCCUGAGGCUGUUGAGGGGCCUAAUAUGGAGGACAUGGAGGAGGACGGCAAUGGAGGGCGCUCUGACAGCGAGGGCAGUGACUACACACCUGGCAGGAAAAAGAAGAAAAGAGCCAGCACUGGAAAAGAGAAGAAAAGAAAUAGUGGCCCUGAUAGGAGCUCGGCUGCAUCGAGAAGAAAAGAGCCAGUGGAGGAAGAAGAAGAAGAUGAUGACGAUGAUGACUCUGAGCCAAAGACCUCCUCGCAACUACUGGAUACAUGGGGCAUGGAGGACAUUGACCAUGUCUUUACUGAAGAGGAUUACAGAGCUCUCACCAACUACAAGGCUUUCAGUCAGUUUGUCAGGCCUCUUAUUGCAGCCAAGAACCCAAAGAUUGCCGUUUCCAAAAUGAUGAUGGUGCUAGGUGCCAAGUGGCGCGAGUUCAGCACCAACAACCCCCUGCGUGGCUCUGCUAGUGCCAAUGCUGCUCUGGCAGCUGCCAAUGUGGCUGCAGCAGUUGAGAGCAUGGUGGCUGAAAACGCCAAUACUAACUCUUCUGCCCCUCCACCUGCCGAGCCCCAGCCUCCUCCAGUACCUCCGGUCCGCAAGGCUAAGACGAAAGAAGGCAAAGGUCCAAAUGCCCGUAGAAAGUCCAAGCCUACUCCAAAACCCCCAGAGAAGAAAGCCAAGGCUAAAAAAGUUGCACCUCUGAAGAUCAAACUUGGAAGCUUCAACAGCAAGAGAAAGCGCUCAUCUAGUGAAGAGGAAGACAUGGACGUAGACAGUGACUUCGACGAUGGCAGCAUGAACAGCGUCUCUGUGUCCGACAGCUCCAACAGUCGCAGCAGCCGCUCGAAAAAGAAGCCCAAGCCCAAAAAGAAGAAGAAGGACGAUGAUGCUGAUGGCUAUGAAACUGAUCAUCAAGACUACUGUGAGGUGUGCCAGCAAGGAGGAGAGAUCAUCCUGUGUGAUACCUGCCCCAGAGCUUACCACAUGGUCUGUCUAGACCCUGACAUGGAGAAAGCACCAGAAGGCACUUGGAGCUGCCCACACUGCGAGAAGGAGGGUAUUCAGUGGGAAGCACGUGAGGAAGCCUCUGAGGGAGAGGAGGAAAACGAGGCACCUGCAGGUGAAGCAGAGGAGGAUGACCACCACAUGGAGUUCUGCAGAGUGUGUAAGGAUGGAGGAGAGCUCCUGUGCUGUGACACCUGCCCCUCUUCCUACCACAUACACUGUCUCAACCCACCCCUGCCUGAAAUUCCCAACGGAGAAUGGAUCUGUCCUCGUUGCACUUGUCCUUCUAUGAAGGGCAAAGUACAGAAGAUCCUUACCUGGCGUUGGGGAGACCCACCACCACCCACCCCUGUUCCUCGCCCACCGGACCUUCCUGCCGAUUCCCCCGACCCUUCUCCACUGGCUGGCCGGCCUGAAAGGGAGUUCUUUGUCAAGUGGCAAAACAUGUCUUAUUGGCACUGCUCCUGGGUGUCUGAGCUGCAGCUGGAACUGCAUUGCCAGGUGAUGUUUAGAAAUUACCAGCGUAAGAAUGACAUGGACGAGCCUCCUCCGAUAGAUUUUGGAGCUGAGGGUGAUGAAGAUAAAAGUGAAAAGCGUAAGAACAAAGAUCCCCAAUAUGCUCAGAUGGAGGAGAAGUAUUACCGCUUUGGCAUCAAGAUGGAGUGGAUGAUGAUCCACCGAAUCCUUAACCACAGUGUGGACAAGAAAAAUAACUGUCACUACCUCAUCAAGUGGAAAGACUUGCAAUAUGACCAGGCUACCUGGGAAUCGGAUGACAUGGACGUCCCCGAGUUUGACUCUUACAAACUGCAGUACUGGAACCACAGGGAGCUCGUGAUGGGAGAUGAAGGCAAACCAAGUAAAAAACUGAAACUCAAAGGCAGGGUUAAGAGACUGGACAGACCUCCGGAAAACCCAGUUGUGGAUCCUACAAUGAAAUUUGAGCGUCAGCCCGAGUAUCUUGACCCUACUGGUGGCACACUGCACCCAUACCAGCUAGAAGGACUCAACUGGCUGCGUUUCUCAUGGGCUCAGGGCACAGACACUAUCCUGGCUGACGAGAUGGGUCUAGGGAAGACUGUACAGACCGCUGUCUUCCUCUAUUCACUCUACAAAGAGGGUCACUCAAAGGGCCCAUUUCUGGUCAGCGCCCCUCUCUCUACCAUUAUUAACUGGGAGCGUGAGUUUGAGAUGUGGGCUCCAGAUAUGUACGUGGUUACCUAUGUAGGCGACAAAGACAGCAGGGCUGUCAUCCGAGAGAACGAGUUUACCUUUGAGGACAACGCCAUCCGCGGAGGCAAAAAGGCUUCCAGAAUGAAGAAAGAGGCUUCAGUUAAAUUCCAUGUGUUGUUGACCUCUUAUGAACUAAUCACUAUCGACAUGGCCAUUCUGGGCUCAAUCGACUGGGCCUGUCUUGUUGUGGAUGAGGCCCACAGACUUAAAAACAACCAGUCCAAGUUUUUCAGAGUGCUGAAUAACUACCCUCUCCAGCACAAGUUACUGCUUACUGGUACUCCUCUCCAGAACAACCUCGAGGAGCUCUUCCACUUGCUUAACUUCCUCACACCAGAGCGAUUUAGUAAUCUGGAGGGCUUCUUAGAAGAGUUUGCUGAUAUUGCUAAAGAGGACCAGAUCAAGAAACUUCAUGACAUGUUGGGACCACACAUGCUCAGGAGACUUAAAGCGGACGUGUUUAAGCACAUGCCAUCCAAGACCGAGCUGAUCGUCCGAGUGGAGCUUAGUCCAAUGCAGAAGAAAUACUACAAGUUCAUUCUUACACGAAACUUUGAGGCUCUGAACACUCGUGGAGGUGGAAAUCAGGUGUCCCUGCUCAACGUGGUCAUGGACUUAAAGAAAUGCUGCAAUCACCCCUACCUUUUCCCUGUUGCUGCUAUGGAAGCACCCAAGAUGCCCAAUGGCAUGUACGAUGGCGGUGGCCUCACUAAGUCUUCUGGUAAGCUGCUGCUGCUAUACAAGAUGCUGCGGAAGCUGAAAGAGGGAGGGCACAGGGUGCUCAUCUUCUCUCAGAUGACCAAAAUGUUGGACCUGCUGGAGGACUUUUUGGAAAACGAAGGUUACAAGUAUGAGCGUAUUGAUGGAGGAAUCACUGGUUCAAUGAGACAGGAAGCCAUUGACAGGUUCAACGCUCCUGGUGCUCUUCAGUUCGUUUUCCUUCUAUCUACCAGAGCUGGUGGUUUGGGUAUUAACCUGGCCACAGCUGACACAGUCAUCAUUUACGACUCAGACUGGAACCCUCACAACGAUAUCCAGGCCUUUAGCAGAGCUCACAGAAUUGGUCAGAACAAGAAGGUCAUGAUCUACCGCUUUGUCACCAAAGCCACUGUAGAGGAAAGAAUUACUCAGGUGGCCAAGAAGAAGAUGAUGUUGACUCACUUGGUGGUAAGACCUGGUUUGGGCUCCAAAACCGGUUCCAUGUCUAAGCAGGAGUUGGAUGACAUUCUCAAGUUCGGCACAGAGGCGCUGUUCAAGGAUGAAGCAGAAGGUGACAACAAAGAAGAGGACAGCAGUGUGAUCCAUUACGACGAUAAGGCUAUAGACCGUCUGCUGGACCGCAACCAGGACGCCACAGAGGAUACUGAAUUGCAGAGUAUGAAUGAGUACCUCAGCUCCUUCAAGGUGGCUCAAUAUGUCGUGAAGGAUGAGGAAGAUGAGGAAGAGGAAGUGCAGAGGGAGAUCAUUAAGCAGGAAGAAAGUGUAGAUCCAGAUUACUGGGAGAAGCUGCUCAGGCACCACUAUGAGCAGCAGCAGGAGGAUCUAGCUCGCAACCUCGGCAAGGGCAAACGCAUCCGGAAACAAGUCAACUACAAUGACGGUUCACAGGAGGACAGAGACUGGCAGGAUGACCAGUCUGAUGGUCAUUCAGACUACUCUGUUGCCUCAGAAGAAGGAGAUGAGGACUUUGAUGAGCGUGCAGAAGCCAACUCCCGCAGGCCUAACAGGAAGGGUCUCCGAAAUGAAAAGGACAAACCUUUGCCCCCCCUGCUGGCCAGAGUGGGAGGCAACAUUGAGGUGCUGGGUUUCAAUGCACGCCAGAGGAAGGCCUUCUUAAACGCCGUGAUGCGCUAUGGAAUGCCCCCCCAGGAUGCUUUUACUACACAAUGGCUGGUCAGAGACCUCAGAGGGAAAUCUGAAAAGGAGUUCAAGGCAUAUGUGUCACUCUUUAUGAGGCACUUGUGCGAGCCCGGUGCUGACGGGGCUGAAACGUUUGCCGAUGGUGUGCCAAGAGAAGGCCUGUCCCGACAACACGUCCUCACUCGUAUCGGGGUGAUGUCGCUGAUCCGUAAAAAGGUGCAGGAGUUUGAACAUGUGAACGGUCAGUGGUCCAUGCCCUGGAUGAUGGAGCUGGAAGAAAAUAAAAAAGCUGCAGCUGCUAGCAACCCUGACUCGCCAGGCAAAACACCUUCCACUGGUACCCCAGCUGAUACACAGCCCAACACACCUGCACCAGAUUCUCUCUCUACAGAAGAUUCAUCCAGGAAUGAAGAUGGCUGCAAAGACGCAGAAAAGGAGAAGGAAGUCAAAAAAGACGGUGAGGCUGAGCAGCCGAGCAAAAAGCCUGAAUCUGAGGUCAUCGCUAUUCCUGACGACGUGGAGAAAUCGCUCUCCCCCUCUGAACAGAAGGAAAAGAGUGAGAAGGACGACUCUGCAUCCACCACAGAUGCAGAGAAAACAGGGAACGGAGUAGAAGAGAAGGAGAAGACGACUGCAGAAGCUGGGGAGCAAAGCAAGUCUCCGGAUGAGGCAAAGACUGAAGGGGCCGAGGCAAAGACUGAAGGGGCCGAGUCAAAGAACGGUGACUCGAUCAAAGAUGAAAAUAAAGAAGAUAAACCAGAGAAGAUGGACACCACCCCAGCUCCAGAUGAGAAGAAAGACCAAAAGGAUGAAAAGGAAGCUGUAAAGACUGAGGAAUCAACCAAAUUACAAAACGGAGACAGUGGAAAAGAAGGAGCGACGGGUGGAAGUGAGGAGAAGAAGAAAUCAAAGACCCGUUUCAUGUUCAACAUUGCAGACGGAGGCUUUACCGAAUUGCACUCUUUGUGGCAGAACGAGGAGCGGGCAGCCACGGUUACUAAGAAAACCAACGAGAUUUGGCAUCGCCGACAUGAUUACUGGCUUCUUGCUGGAAUUAUACAACACGGCUAUGCUCGCUGGCAAGAUAUUCAGAACGACGUUAAAUUUGCCAUCCUCAACGAACCCUUUAAGGGUGAGAUGAACCGAGGAAACUUUCUGGAGAUCAAAAACAAGUUCCUGGCCCGCAGAUUUAAGCUGCUGGAACAGGCGCUGGUGAUCGAGGAGCAGCUGCGGAGGGCAGCAUACUUGAACAUGACUGAGGAUCCUUCUCACCCAUCCAUGGCCCUGAACACGCGCUUUAGUGAGGUGGAAUGCUUGGCUGAGUCACACCAGCACCUCAGCAAGGAGUCCAUGUCUGGCAACAAGCCUGCCAAUGCUGUCCUACACAAAGUCUUGAAACAGCUAGAGGAGCUGCUGAGCGACAUGAAAGCAGAUGUCACCCGUCUCCCAGCAACCAUUGCCAGGAUACCACCUGUUGCCGUGAGGUUGCAAAUGUCAGAGAGAAACAUCUUGAGCCGUUUAGCCAGCAGAGGCCCAGAAUCACAGUCCCAACAGGUUUCUCAGCAGUAGCCUGGACUGGACUUUUAAGCCUACCAUUCAAGCACCACCCACCUCUACAUUCCUGACUGACACCUCAGAUGACAUCUGGCCUUAGCUUAAAACCACACCUCUUUAACUACAAAUGGACAAAACAUGGAGUUUGUGGAAAUGGACGCUAUUUUAUUUAGGGUUUUUUAUUAUUUUGUUUCUUUAUUAAUAUUAUUGAUAUAAUGUUAUUAUGCUGGUUUUUGGGACCGAAAAUAAAAAUGUAAUAAACUUGUCUCUUUACACAGUUCUUAAGUUUAUAUGAUGUUUGUUUGAAGCUGCAGUGAAAAGAAAACAGGUCUUCGUAGGCAUAACGCAGGGAUGUCGUCCGAGACAGGCCAAUUUUCACAUGUUGAAGAAUGACUUGAAAUUUAUUGAUGUUAAAUGUAAAUUACAAAGUAUUUUUACACGCUAUUCAAAUUCUUUUUAAGAAAACGAGUAGUGUGCUGUCUACGAAACAGGUCUACGGGUUAAUGGACCAGACAAUAAAAUUUUUUGAAGUAG